ACACAAUCGGGCGCACUCACUCAGAGACACACACAGGCAGCCAGUGCACCCACGACGCACGCAGGCAUACGCAGCUCUUGUAACAAACAAGCAGUUGCCGGUGUCCUGUCCGCCCGGGCAUUUGAUCACAUGCCGGCACUCUGAAGCAGACACCCGGCCCACACAUCACUUCCAUAUCCACGUCCAUCUGACACACGCCGGUCAGACCUCUUAGUCGCUCACUUACCCUAUCGAACGAUGGCUCUGACGACAGUGCCUGUGACUCCAUCGACGAUCGCCUCCUCUCGUCAAGCCCGCCGUUCCUGGCGGUCGUCUGCGAUGUCAGCGAGGGGGGCGGGGGCGCGGCAUCUCCAUUCGAACUGAUACGACGCUCUACGUCCAGCUGCUGCUGCAGCUGCAGGUAGAGAGAGCGGGGGGGAGAAACACGAGUCGAAGGAAGAAGUGUCUCUGUUUGUUUGGGUGCUCGCUGACUUUGUAUCUGGCCCUUAGGGCCUCGUGGUCGUCGGAGGGCACUAGGCGCAGGAUUAGCAGUGGGGACAGGCCAAGGAUGAGAGUUAUGACCUUCAUGAGCCACAGGUUGGAGAGGUCGUGCGACGUGAUGCCGAGGAGCCAGGCGAGCAAAGCCGACGACUCGCUCGACACAAACAUGCCCAAGUUGUUGACGCUCAGGAACAUCGCGUAGGUGGUCGCCUCUACGCCAUCUGACACAGAGACAGACAGACAGACAGACAGGGAAAACACAUAGAUCGCAUGACGGUCUGGCAUGCCAUGCCCACCGGGGCAUAUGCGGCCGGAGAGGACCAUAAGCGGCCUGAGAUCGGAUACAGGAAUGCAGCUUCUCACAUGUGUAUAUGUACGCGAUCGGAUCUCACAUCCAGAGACACUCGGCCACAACCGACCUGACACACACAGGACACGCCGUCCUUCAUCAGCAACCAACCAACAACCAAGCCAUGUGUGCGUCAGUGUGAUGUGAUGCUAGGCUUCUGACAUGAUGAACUCAUCGACGAGGACAAAGACCUAAACAGCAGAGGAGGGGAGGAAAGAACGCAUUCACGUCACGCAGCCAGCAAUGCUGAUGCACUCACUUCGUCGGGGAUGCCCAGCCGCACAUUGACCCUCAGGAUGAGUAUCAGCGGGGUCGUCCCUGAGACACAUCACACGACAGACAACAGCCAGCCAGCCAGCCAGCCAACCAAUGGCGCCAUGCAUGGCGCAUGCCGGCCUAUCCAUUUUGUCUGACCGAGCAGGAAGGCCACGAUGGUGCCGGCGAAGUAGAGAGACCUGAAUCUGACCUCGCGAAAGUAUGUGUGGUACGUCCAAAUUCCCAGGAUGCCGGCGACCAACGUGGCGAUGUCUAUCAUCCCGAUAAACCUGGAGAGGCACAGACGCGCACAAAGAAGAUUUCAAGAGCUUGCCCUUCAUCGUUACCAUGGCGUGAACCCCAGUGUGUCUGUCUGAAAGUAAAACAUCGGGGAGGUCACUGUCGGGGUGCAGACGAACACAAAUAUGAAGAGAAUCGGGCCCCACACCUCGCGAAAACUGCACUUGCAACAAAGAUAAAUUACACAUAUCCCUUUUCGCGAAUCAUUGUGAGAAAGGCUUGCCUGAAGAAUGUGCAAAGCCGUCCGAUCUGCUCCCUUGCAGGGACGACCUGCAGCAUGCCGUCGUUCCUCUCCUUGAAACACAGCACCCAGCAGAAUAGCAGGCAGGGCAGGACUGCCAGCGACGUCAGCACCGCCCGAGGCCUCCACACCGUGAGGGCCACAGACACGUAAUACAGCGCCAAACCAAACCUGAGCGCAGAGAAGACCGCCACAUUGCCACUCUCUGUUCUGUCUGCCUGGCCGGAUGACUGACCCUGCAUAUCUGACAGAGUAGUAGACCGACCACGCCUUGGAUGAGACCUGCAGGCUCUCCCCUGUGGUCUGCUCGACCAACACGCCUUGACCCAACACCGUCAAGAACGCCUGAGCAGCAAAACCGCAGCACGCAGACAAUCAAUCUCCUGCUCCGUCCGCCUUGCCCCGCCCCACCCCACCCACCAUGCCAAAUCCACUCGCGAACACGAGGCAGGAAGCCUGCAACGGAGAUUUGACUUGGUGGAAGGCGACCAUGGUCACGGCAACAAUGGCGGCCAUCAGGAUUCCAUAGCUCUUCCGACGGCUACCGCCCAGUGGGACGGAGUCGCUCAGCAGGCCGAGGAGUGGCUUGAUGGUCCACGGGAUGCUCAUCACGCUAUAGAAGGCAUCGAAGACGGCCGGACCAGCUACACACACACUCAUUGCACCGACGGGAAUUGACCCAGCCAUUCCUCUCCUUCAUCCUUCUCUGCAUUGUCUGCCUGCCUGCCUGCCUGUCUGUCUGCCGAAUUGGCGAAGCGACCUACCUCUGAAGUCGUUUUUGAAGAGAUAGAGGAGCGCCAUUCGGCUGGCGGGCUGCACGGCCACCGUCAGUGCGAUCCCAUACACAACGCCCUGCACGUGGACAGAGAGAAGGACACCGAUAAAUGGAUGAGAAAGAACCCUGCAGUGUGUCGUGAAUGGCGUCAUGGUGCGUGUGCAGAUCCAUCCAUCCAUCCAUCCAAACCAAUGCCACAGGGUCGAGCUGCGAGGUCUUUUUGCUCUGUAGCAGGGGCUUGGCCUCGUCCGGGCCGGCCGUCGGGGCAGGCGCCGUCGGCUGCUGCCCGUGUUUUGGCUCGUGAGCAAGUGGUGGGCUGAUAAUUGAGGAAAGGAGUGAUUGAAAUGGUGGUGGAGAGAUCUGUUUGUGCUUACUCUUCGUGAAUGACAUCCAUGCGACCGCCAGCACCAACAGACUCCAUAGUGGAGUCGGGGCGAGUCUGUGUG